AUGGGCCAGUUUUUACCGGACAUUAAAAUUCGUUAUGCAGUCAAAAAUGAGCGAAUGGUACGUGGAGCAAAAAUCGAAGAACAGAUAUUGAUUGGCACACCGGGUAAAAUGUUGGAUUGGGUGCUGAAGCUGAAAGUGGUGGAUUUGUCGAAGAUAAUUUGCUUUGUGCUGGAUGAGGCUGAUGUUAUGAUCUCGCAGCAAGGACAUCAGGAUCAAAGCAUCCGUUUGCAUAAGUAA